AUGUCGGAUGUGGAGGUGGAUACACAGCAGCAGGGCCACCCCCAUCCCGUGGCGGCCAUAACCCCGAGGAGGCGUAGAGGUCGCCGAGGAGGAGGCGGAGGAGGAGCAGGUUGCCUGGCCAUGCAGUCCGCCUCGCAGGAUGCCACAUCGCCAUCGUCGCCGCCGCCUCGCUUUUGCCCGCUGGUCGAGGGCGUCGAGGACAAUUGGACGUGGAGCAAAAGGCACCGCUCCAAGGAGGUGGUGCUCAGUGGACCCAACUCCCGAACUGUGCACUUUCACCCCAACUGGAGUAAAGGAACCGCUGGCGUUCAGGGCAAGCGAUCCCUGAACAAUGGUCGUUACUACUGGGAGCUGCACGUUUCGCAGCGAGUCUUUGGCACCUCGAUUAUGUUCGGGAUUGGCACAAAGUCAGCUCGACUCCAUGCGAAUGCCUUUAGGAACAUGCUGGGUGAGAAUGAGCACGGCUGGGGUCUGUCCCACAAGGGCGUGCUUUGGCACAAGGGCGUGGCCCUGCUCUACACGAAACGUUUUCGCGAAAACCAUCCCACCCAGAUUGGAGUGCUCUUCGAUGGCAUCGAGGGCACACUCACCUACUACAAGGACGGCAAGUGCCUGGGCGUCGCCUUCCGAGGAUUGGAUCAGAUUGAUGAGCCUUUGUACCCCAUUGUCUGCUCAACGGCGGCCAAAACGGAGAUGACAUUGAAGUGCACGCGGCGGGAGUUUGUCAACCUGCAGGAUCGCUGUCGAGCGGUCAUAAUGAGGAGGGUGCGUACUCCAUCGCAGCUGGAGAAGCUGAAGCUGCCGUUGCCCAUCAGCGAUUACCUGGGCGAGGUGAUCGACGAGAUGGAGCCCCUCCGUCAGGUGAAUCAGCUGGAGAUGGUUAUUAUGAAUUAUGAUUUGUGAGCGGCCCGUGAAUCGUUUUUGUGCCAUCUGGAAAACGGAGUGCACUUCGCGAUGCAGUGCCUCUGGGACAUGUAAAUUAAUCGAAGUAGUUGUAAAUUGUGCUUUGUAAACUAUAUUGUUAAGCAUCGGGAAAUAUCGAACGGGGAUAACCCGAUUUUCAGUUUUGUUUA